AUGAAAAAUUCCGUCAGCAUCGAUCUCUCUUAUCGUCAACUAACCCCCAUCUCCCAGUCGGACAACGAGGAGGCCUGCAAAGCCUGCAACGGUGGCGGCCUGCUCGUGGUUUGUGAUAACUGCGACAAUGCAUAUCAUUUCCUGUGCGCCGAUCCUCCGCUGGAAGAGAGCUCGCAGAGAUUAGACAAGCCUUGGUAUUGCAAUCCUUGCGCGUCGCGCGACGAGAACCCUCGCCGCUAUGAACGCACCAUCUUCCAGCCGCUGCUUCAGGCCGCCGAUAAUACGUGCCCGCAACUUUUCGAACUUCCGCGAUGGCUGGAGAAUCAUUUCGAAGGUGUCCGGCGUGGUCCCGGUGGCGAUUACGAUGACUCGGUUCCCGCCGAAAAGAUGUGA